GAGGGGCCUGGCACAUUGUGCAGGGUCUGGUGGGCUGUAGGGAGGGCUCAAGCUCUAAUUUGGGGAUAUCUUUAGAAUCUUAAAGCAGGGGUGACAUGACCCCCAUAGAGCCCUUGGCCCAAGUGCAUCAGUAUCCUUUGAAGUAUUUUGAACAGCAUAUGCAUGUAGCAAGUGUGAUUAAAAAGUUACUUCUGCUCGCUGUUGAUGUGAACAUGAUGAUGGAUCUCUCUGUUCAGUAAGUGUACAGUUAGGGGUACCGAACACAGUGCCAGGCACAUGGUGUUAUGAGGGUUCCUUGCCGAUAUUGUUAUUUAUCGGUGAGUUAUGUAUCUGGAAGUGCCAGGUCAGCUCUCUGUAAACGUGUGCGCUCUCUCUAGUGAUUUUCUCUGUUGUCACUGGGAGGGGCUGGUGCCACUUGCAAGCCAGAUCUGUCCCGCACGAACCUUCGUGGCCACCCACCCAGAACGGGGGAGUGGGGCCUGCGGGGCUGCUGGCCUCAGUUUCCCCGCCCAGACUGGGAGCGUGGUUACGAGACCGAGAGGUGGGGUGUGAGGUGCCCAGGGCGUGAGGAUGCAGGGCACAGGAGGCGGCGUGCGGGCUGCGGGGCGCGCGGCCCGGGGUGCAGGGCGGGGGUGCUUUGUGGUGUGGGGUGCAGGACGCGGGCUGCGGGACGCGGGCGUGCGCCGGCCGCCAGGGGCCGCUGCGGAGCGCCCUUUUGUGGUCCUGAUGCUGGAGCGAGCGGGCGCGCGGAGGGAGGAGGGCGCGGGGACGGGGCGGGAGGGAGCGGGAGGCGGCGUCCGUCGCUCCAGCUGCGAGUCCGCCCGCCGCCCGCCGCCGGCUCGGUCCCGCGCCCGCCAUGGCCCGCCUGACGGAGAGCGAGGCGCGCCGGCAGCAGCAGCUGCUGCAGCCGCGGCCCUCGCCCGUGGGCAGCAGCGGGCCCGAGCCCCCCGGGGGGCAGCCCGACGGCAUGAAGGACCUGGACGCCAUCAAGCUCUUCGUGGGCCAGAUCCCGCGCAACCUGGACGAGAAGGACCUCAAGCCGCUCUUCGAGCAGUUCGGCCGCAUCUACGAGCUCACGGUGCUCAAAGACCCCUACACGGGCAUGCACAAAGGCUGUGCCUUUCUCACCUACUGUGCCAGGGACUCCGCCAUCAAAGCUCAGACCGCCCUGCACGAGCAGAAGACCUUGCCGGGGAUGGCGCGGCCAAUCCAGGUGAAGCCUGCGGACAGCGAAAGCCGCGGAGGUAGGGACCGGAAGCUGUUUGUGGGGAUGCUGAACAAGCAGCAGUCGGAGGAGGACGUGCUGCGGCUGUUCCAGCCCUUCGGGGUCAUCGACGAAUGCACUGUGCUCCGCGGGCCUGACGGCAGUAGCAAAGGCUGUGCCUUCGUGAAGUUUUCCUCUCACACAGAGGCCCAGGCGGCCAUCCACGCCCUGCAUGGCAGCCAGACCAUGCCGGGUGCCUCCUCCAGCCUGGUGGUCAAGUUUGCUGACACGGACAAGGAGCGAACGCUGAGGCGCAUGCAGCAGAUGGUGGGCCAGCUGGGCAUCCUGACGCCGUCCCUCACCCUGCCCUUCAGCCCCUACAGUGCCUACGCCCAGGCUCUUAUGCAGCAGCAGACCACGGUCCUGUCCACCUCGGGCAGCUACCUGAGCCCCGGCGUGGCCUUCUCACCCUGCCACAUCCAGCAGAUUGGCGCCGUCAGCCUUAAUGGGCUGCCUGCCACGCCCAUCGCCCCCGCCUCUGGGCUGCACUCGCCCCCACUGCUUGGUACCACCGCUGUGCCCGGCCUUGUGGCUCCCAUCACCAAUGGCUUUGCUGGUGUGGUGCCAUUCCCUGGCGGGCACCCCGCCCUAGAGACCGUGUAUGCCAAUGGCCUUGUGCCCUACCCAGCUCAAAGCCCGACCGUGGCUGAGACCCUCCAUCCUGCCUUCUCCGGAGUCCAGCAGUACACAGCCAUGUACCCCGCCGCGGCCAUCACGCCCAUUGCGCACAGCGUCCCCCAGCCGCCACCCCUCCUGCAGCAGCAGCAGCAGCGAGAAGGUCCCGAAGGCUGUAACCUGUUUAUCUACCACCUCCCCCAGGAGUUUGGAGACACGGAGCUGACCCAGAUGUUCCUGCCCUUCGGCAAUAUCAUCUCCUCCAAGGUGUUUAUGGAUCGGGCCACCAACCAGAGCAAAUGUUUUGGCUUCGUGAGCUUUGACAACCCGGCCAGCGCACAGACGGCCAUCCAGGCCAUGAACGGCUUUCAGAUCGGCAUGAAGAGACUCAAGGUGCAGCUGAAGCGGCCCAAAGACCCCGGACACCCCUACUGAGCGUGCCACAACCGCCCGGAGCCGCGGGCGGGGCCCAGCAUACCCCUCAGAAAAACACCCCCAAACAGACACGUCCCCAAGAGUGUAUUUCACCGUCAGAGCCAACAACCUUACCAACUAAUCACCUUCUUUGGGAAACGAAGUGAGCCUCGGGGGCCGAGGGAGCCUUGUAAUUGACCUCACGCCUUGACCAGCCUCACCUGUGAAGUGGCUAAUGGAAGUUGCCUUCCCGGUGGCCGGGGAGAACGCACCCGGGGACGCGGUGUUUUCCCAGCCGAGCCCAGGACCCGCCACCUGGGAAGCUUUCGGGCAUUCCUUUGGAUUUUUUUAUUUGCCUUUACCGCCAUCGCCGCCGUCAUCAGUGCACCUUGCCUGGGGUCCGGCACCAAGUAGCUGCUCAGUUGGGGCCUGCGCCUGCUUUGCAAACCCUCUCGGGUCUGUACCCGCAGAUUCGAGCACAUCCAGUCCCGGAUCGGGCAACGAACAGGCGCCCGGUGCUCUUUGAACGCUCCAGGACAGCAGACUCUCACUGAGCACCUACUGUGUGCUGGGCACCAUGUCCAGAGCUUGGGGACCCAGCUGCGGGGGAACAGGCGGGGCAGGGGUGGGGGAGGCUGCCUCCACGGAGCUUCAGUGGCAGGAGUGGGGCCCAGGGCACAGAGAUAAGCAGAAAUUUCCGCGACCCUGAGUCCCUUCCAAGCUCGGUUUGUCAGCCUCCAAACCCCAAAAUGGACUCUGAAAAGAUGGGGGCCCUUGGGGGCCCGGACCCCAGCCUGGCCAGGGCAAGGGGGUGGGUGGGAGGCGAUGUCGGCCUGCGCGCCCCCCCAUCACGGCUCCUAACGCCCCUCCCUUCUCCACCAGGUGAGGGGCCUUCCCACCCGAGGGUUUCCCGCUUCCAACUGAUCCAGGACUUUUCCGUAAAUUACAACCGAGUUUGGACACCAGCCCUCCCUCUCCCACCUCCCCUUGCCCCCUCCCCAAAAUGUGAAACGCUACCGAAGGCCACAGAGAGCGGGCAGAGGGCUUUGUGGUCUGCCCCGGCGUCGGGGGCCUCAGCUGGGGGCCCGAGGGGCUCACCGUCCCCUCCUUGGUGGCUUUCCCAAAUGCAAUCGCAACUUUUCCUAUAUAUAUAUAUACGUAUAUAUAUAGAGCUAUAGACAGUAUAUAUAUUUUUUGAGUAUAGAUCACGGGACCAAACUUUUCCGACUUCCUUCCAUCCAAGAGAAGGUGACCUGGGGCCGGUCACUCAGCAGGGACGGAGAGGGGCUGCGGGUGGCCGGGCAGCCUGGUGUCUCCGCGCUUCCUGCCGCCACGUGGGACCAGGGUGCCAGAGGAGCACUAGGCGUCACCAGCCGGCACGAUAUACCUCCACGACUUUGGCCCCUGCCACUGACCGCUCCCGAGGGCCUUCGGGCUCAGCCAGCUUGAGUGUCCCUGGUCCUCGCUGCAGCUUCCGGAACCUCCUUCCACCCCCCCAUGUCCCAGGGCCCUGCCUUCCCCGGAUGUAGGCACAAGAGAGACCCCCCCUGGCCUCCCCCCAAGUCAUAGCCUUACUCAUGUGACCAAUAGCCCUUAGCUUUCCGUCGGGGGGGUGGGGGGGACGCGCAGGGUUGGGGGCAGCCCCCCUGCCCUCACGCCCCCUCCCAAGGGCAGGCGGCCACCCUCCCUGCCUUCGGAUCACCAGCCUGGAAUUCACGAUCUCAUGACCGAGGUUGGCGCACGCGAUGGGCAAGCCCAGCCUGCACUGGUCAGACUCCCCUUUACCAGAGAUACCUCUACCAAGAAAAGAGUUUUUGGUUGUUUUUUUUUUUUAAUUUUGGUCUUUCUGAGCAGGUACAAAGAAGACAAAAACGGGGAAAAGGACUCACACGGCAAAGCAUUUUUGUUUCCUAGUUGGGGCGGGAGGGAGAGCUUGUGGGUGCCUCUGUACAGCUGCCCAAACCGUGAAAAACGCACCUUGAAGCACAGUCAAGUUUGUUCGGACGUCCGGCGGGGCCUCUCGCCAAAGGAGGCGCCAGAGGACUUAACUAAGCUCAAGAAAAAAAAAAAAAUUUGUAAAGAAAAAACAUUCCCUCCGUUUCUACCAAAAUGUGUUGAUCAACCCAGAAAAAAACAAACAAAAAAAACAAACAAAAAAAGAAGAAAAAAAAAACACGUAACAAAAAAAAAAAAUCUUCUGACCGACUUGUUUCGAUAUUCCAGAGUUUGAUGAUUGUUCCGAGACACUCUCUAGCGUGCCUGUGUCCCGUGUGUCUGCGUGUGCAAACGUGUGCUCAGGGGCCUCGAGGGGGCCUCGUCUGUGUCCCCAGCGCCGGCCCAGCCCCCCCGCCGGGCCUGCUUGGGAGUGUGUGCUGGUGUGCAGUGGUGUGUACCCUUCUGGUCCAUGUUUACUGGCUGUAAAUACCAUUUUUAUACUCCACGUCGAAGACCUACGUGAUUUGUACGAUGUACUUUAUUUCUGCUACGAGUAAUUUCACAAAGUUUCAACUUGCAAAUCGACUUUUGGAAACAAACCGCCACAUACUCACAUACACACAUCCUCCCCCACCAAGAAAGACAAGACAAGGGCUGAGAGGGACCUUUGGGUUGACUUGGUUUGAAUUCUGGGGCUGGGGAGGUCCUUGUCCCUGUGGCGUGUUUCAGGUGAGAAGCUGGAAGCAUCAUUUUAAUGUCCAAAACGCCUCUCUCUGGUCUGGAGAAACUGAAAGUUUAUUUAAUAAAAGUUUUACUUGCUAAA